AUGGCGGAAAGCCAUAAUUUUGCAGAAGCGGAUAUCGCGAGCAGUCAUUUCAGCAACGAUGGCGACGUCAAAAUUCACCAGUUAACUCUCGACAUCUAUGCGGAGUUUGAAAAAAUCCUUAAAUCCUAUGGAGAACAGCCGCUUCGAACGCUUGUUCCGCUUGUUGCGAACUUAUUGGAAACCCUGAACGAUGUAUCUUUGCAGAAAGACAAAAUAAUUGCAGAAUUGGACGUUCUAAAGGAUCACCACACUAUUCUACUCUCCAAACACGAGAGCUUAAGGGCAGAUUUAAAGAAUAUGGAAGAACAAUUGUUUUCUCUUGAAGAUGAACUUCACGAUAAGCGGAAAAGAAUUGAGGCCCUAAAAUCCUCGUCUGCUUCUAGUAAAAAGCUCCUCGAAAUGAAACUGAAGAGUGCAACUGACCACAUUUUUAGACUUGAAGAGCGCGACAAAGAACUCCAGUCAACAUACGCGAAUCUUCGACAGAGGUACGGCGAUCUCUUCCGCGCCCAUGUUGAUCUCAUGGAGCGGCUCCGCAUAUCUGCCGAGGAACCAAGUGAUGACGCGAGUGUUCCAACCUCGUCGUCAAAGUUAAAAACCCAAGUCCCUGUAGUCGCUUCGUGUUCAUCAACAACAGGCAUUCGUAAUCCACUGAUGUUUAUUUCUCACAAAGGCGACUCCCCAUACGAUUGGGGUGUUCACCAACGUGCGCUAGAAAAUGCCAAUGAAGUCCUUCCGGAUGUGACGCUAGACGCUGACGGAUCACCAUUUUCAAAGCUAUCAGCUGACGAGCGCUAUGAAGAAUUGUCCAUCUCUGAGGAGAAAAGUGACAGUGGUGAGAUGGGCGAUUCCUCUCCCGUCCCCUGUGGAAAGAAAGAAUUAGCGCCAGACUUCAACGUCAGCAAGGAAGUGAGCAAACUGGUGAAGGAGAAUAAUGAACUGGAGGAGACCAAGAACGCUCUCAACGUCGUUAUUCACGACCUUCUGACGAAACUGGAGGAGCAGAAUAGUUUACAAUUGUUGCCUUGCACACUGAUAGCCGAUUGGCCUUUUUUUCCUCUCUCCCGCGACCCGUUAAGCGAGAAGCUGCAGCUAAACGAGACUCUCAGUCAGAUGCAGAUUUCGCGUUCAAGCAUGCAGUUGCACAUCACCCAACUGGAAGCCGACAACACGCGACUGCGCAAGGAACUAACCGACGCGCUCAACGCCCAGAAGGAAUUGGAAAUGAACCAGACUCCCUUCUCCAAGCGAACUCGGUUCACUCGCGAGGAGAUGGCCAAGGUGCUGAUGGAGCGCAACCAACUGCAGGAGGACAUUUGCGACUUGCGCGAGGAGCUCAACUGGGCAACUUCUAAUCUCUCAGAACACGAGAAUGGCAAUGCGAAUGCCUCCUCGUCCGCGAAUAAAUUCCUAGUUUUCUUCUCUCGUCUUUUUCGAAAGCCAAGUCGAAGAUCUCAUUCUUCGGUUUCUUUCGACACCUCCACCUCUGGAGUCACGGUGAACGUCGACGGGAGUCGUUCGAACAUUGUCAAGUCCCUUGAAUUUGUCCAAAACAGCAGUCACCAGAAACGGGACCAAGCAGUUGCGGUGCCGCCGAACUGGGCGUGGGUCGCGGUGCCGAUCGCCGCGAAGCCCUGCCUCCCGCAGCCCGUUGUGAUGCAAAGCAGCGGUGUCAGCAACACUCCUCCGUCGACGAGGAAGGCGUCGGCUGCCGCCGUCCCACCCUCCAGUCGAUCUCCCACGCGACUACCUCUGCCACUGCCUCUCUAUCGGCGCCCCUUCCCCGAGGCCCUAUCUGGUCGCAUGCAGGCAAGCACUUCUCGUCCAAUAUACCACUUCAUUUACGCCACAAAAACACAACGCUUCCAUGAGCUUCCGUGGACAGUGGGGAGCUACAUUAAACCCCAUUGUUCCUUGACACUUCAAAGGGCCAGUCUCCUGAACAGGGAUGCACCUCAGAAGGCGAGGUGUCUGCCGACGACGAUCCCACUGCACCCCUAUCAACUCUGCUUCUCCACAGUUAACGGCACUGUGAAAAUCGUCUCCCGCAUGAUUGACAGUUACCUGAUCGACUCGGCCACCUGCGUGUACGUGGAUAUGGGGGGCUUUCGUCCGUCGGGUGAACUGUUGGCCGGGCGGAGCGCCUUCUUUGACCCCGAGGCAACCAGUUCUCACAGCUCCUCGAAUCCCUCCACGGACAUCGCCGAGGCGUUCAGCCUCUCCAGCGAGUUGUGGGUGUGCCUGACGGGCGUGGUUGACGCGGCCGUCGACUGGACGCCUCUGGCCGAACAAGCCUCGGCGGAUUCCUCGACGCAUUCCGAGCCCAAACCCGUGUUCCACAGCCAAGUCGUCGUUGUCGACGCCAACGUCCCCUCGCGCUACAUCAAGUCCUUCAGCCUCCUGCGCUCCGUGGUGACGUGUAUGGCAGCUGUACCAGGUAGGCCAUCUCUAGACGGCAAAUGCGCAUCCUUGAUUCCGCGUCCCGGACUGCGGCCUCGAAAGUGUGAAGAUGUGGAAUUGCAAGCUCUACUGGAUGAAGACUCAGUGCGAACGCAACACGAGCUUGCCACAUUUUUUGGUCGGUGUGUGAUUAAAUCCUUUAAAAAACCCCCAUAUUUCUUUUUCGCCCCUUCGCGCCUAACUGGAGGUGCCGCAAAACGCGACUACGACGUAUUGCGUCUGGCCAGCGCCACUUGGGACGCCAUCCCAUUCACCAAGGAGGCCGGUGGCACCUCCCGCAGUGAGGCCCUGUCCGAGCCCCUUCGGCCCACCACACCCCCUCCUGCCUGCUCCGAGGACGAGGAGCACCAAUCGAGUUUCCGGACGGACAAUUCACUCUCGUCGCUUCGCUACUUCUCUACCAGUCAACCCGACGAACGCGUUGUCGAUGGCUGCGCGGAGGCGGACAAACUCGCCAGUCUCCAACCCCAGAGGGACUCCGCCUUCGACCCCGACAUCCCUCGGUCCUCGUCAGACGGCAGAAACAAGGAUUUCUACCGGGUUGAGCGGCAACGAUUCACCAAGACCGCAUCCGCAGCCCCCAAUGAGGGUAAUCCUGAUUGGUCCGCCCCUCGCUGCAUUGAUUCCUUAAACAUUCCACGAUUGGGCGUAGCGUGCUCAGCUUUAACUGACUUAUCAAACGCUGAUGCGACUCUUGAUCCUGUGGAACCAACGACUGUUGGAACGACGGCAUCGAUGUUCACUGCCCAGCAGACGAUUUGGUUGGGGUGUCAAAACGGCGACAUAUACCUCCACAGCGGUGUGACCGCGCAGCAAGUGGCCCUACAGACCACUCGACUUCCCAGCGCCAUCAGCGCCAUUCGACCGAAGUUUGAAGCACUUGUGGAAGUCUUGUCGUCCAUAGUCGACUCGCGAAUCCCAGUUGGUCUGUUUACGAGCCAAGUCAUCCACCAGGUUAGUUUUUUUUGUCGUGAAAAAGCAGUCCUCUUGACAACACUGGGCGCUAACGACGGGGACGUAAUUGCCAAGCGCACGCACGCACGCAUCCUCUCCACGCAAAAUCGACCGCAAAACAUCACCUCCAAGUCAGCGGCAAACGGCAAACUCGCUGCUGGUGCCACCUGUUUGCGCAACUUUAAUUCCCAUGCGAAGAUUGACACGCCAAGGCACUUCUCUGGUCGUGUGUUUGUGGGUCUGGCGAAUGGGCACAUUGUUGUGUUUCGCCGUCAGACGUCACCUCGUCGGUCGGCCACACCGACGCACUCCAGUCUGCUCGCCUCCGCCACCGCAUGUCCCGACGACGACGACGGUGGCUCGUCGUGCGAGGCCUCCCAGGUCCUCGCCGUGACCUCCACCCAAGGCGACUGCCGGCGCAACCAGCUAUCGAUUGAGGAGGAACUCAGCGCCGCGGACGCAGGCGGUGGCAACUGGGACCUCUCCGAGGCCGUGGUCAUCCGCUGCGGUCCGACCACCCAGUUCGGCGUGAAGGCGCUCGUCGUGGUGCCGUCCGCGCUCACCCUCUGGGCUGCGUGCAAAAACCGCAUCCUCGUCAUCGACACCACCAACUUUCAGAGGCUCUUUACGAUCGACGUCGCGUCUAGCAUGGGCUCCAGCGUCAAGUGCAUGUCGUGGAUUCGCGACGGCGUCUGGGUGUCCUUGAGGACGGAGCCGGUGGUGCGUCUGUACAACGCGUUCACCUACGAGCCCAUGCAGGAGCUCGACAUGGCCCACGUCAUCCUCGAGACGCUUGGUGUCCCUGGAUCGCGCCAGCUAGCGGUGUCGGCGUCCGUGACGGCCCUGGGCGCGUCGCCGGAUCAUCUUUGGGUGGGGACUAAAGGCGGUCACGUGGCUUGUGCACCGUUCAAGCAAAAGAAGGAGUCGCGGCUGGGUUGUGCCAAUACCUCCCCCCAAUCGACACCCAUCCGACGUGCCUCCAGAGGUCUCGUCUCCCCCUCUUUCUCCCAAUUUAAUAUUAUCAACCUGGUUAUAUUACUGUUAUUUGUCUUGGUCAUUUUAGAUAGUUUCGAACACUUUUCUCCUACAAACCGCACCGCUCAAGUGGAUUUGUCUGGCAUUUCGGUGAGUGUGUACGGACACGCCGAGGCUGUGAACUUUUUCGCACUCGUCUCUGGUCCAGGCGCGACAACAUCGUCGUCAUCAUCAUUGGCGCACACCCGCCUCGCCUCCAGCACCCCCGUGAAUCCCACGAAAACCAGCCCCUCUUCGUCCGCCACCUCGGCAGCCGCGUCUAACAGCCGAUUCCUUAUGGUCAGCGGAGGUGUUGGCUUCGUGGAAUAUCGAGAUUCCUGGAUCGCGGUAGAAAUCCCCUCCCCCCCCCCGAUUCUUCCUCAAUCGAAAAAGCAGCACUUUAGCGGGCUCGGACGAGCGGGAGAAGCUCGUGGCCAAGUCGCAGAGCCACCUCCUGGCGUGGUCCGUCGCGUCCACCGCACAGCCAAUCGACGCUCCCGACGGGCCGCCGCCCCACUGACCGCCCUCCGGGAUUCGUCGCCGCCUCCCACCGCCACCAACACCGCCUAG